AUGCCGCCCAAGAAGCCAUCUGUAAUCAUCAGUUCAUCGUGGGACCUCGGCUUACUUGCGUCGAAACUCAAGUUUAUGGGAUCCUCUGGGAGAGAAGGGCAAGCACUCGUCGAGCAAAUACGUGUCUUAUUGCAUUCCCAUCAUCCCUUCGACGAUCUUCGCGCAUCGCCCAUGCUUUCAAAUGGUUUACCACGCAACGUAGAUUCUCCUACCACCACACGCGCUCUUCAGUGCUUCAUUGCACUACAGUUCCUCCUCCAGCUUCCCGAGAAAAGCUUCAGUCUACUUGCCACUGACCUCGCCGAAGGCUGCCUAUGCGAGUUCUGGGAUUCAAUAAUCGCCUGGAUUCAGUACUCGCACUCCGGCUUCCGCUCUCCCAUUCUGGGAAGGAAAAACGUCGACAUGGCGCCACUUGUAUCCAUUCUCACUUCCCUUUUCCGGCGAGCAAAGGUCCUGAUACCUGAUCUAUUCGCUCGUACACCAGAGAUAUAUGGUAUACUCGUCGACCUCUGGUUGCACCUCGACUUGUAUGUCCGUGGUGACGGUCUUGACACGAGCAUGGAUGAACUUGGUCGUGCAUAUAUCGAUCACGCGGUAUGGAGGAGCGGCGUUCAGGACGCGCAAUACUGGUCCUGGGAUGAUGGAGAUCUGAAUGCGAUCAAUGGUGCGCGCUGGGCCAUCCGAGACCGCACUCGAUACUGCUAUCGUCGAUUCGUCUUCCACGCCCGCCGUUUCUUCGAACGCCUCCGUGCAGCCGACUUGAAGCGCACCGAUCCGCACUACGCGUGUCUUUAUAAUCAGCUUACCGCAAUCAGGUCGUUUGCGAACCAUCUGCUUCCUGUGUCGUGCAUGCCGCGCGAUGUGAUCCGCGAUCUCGUCGAGAUCGUGCGUGUCUGCCACUCGUCGUCCUCCGCUCUCUCUAUCGCAGAGAAUGCGUGCGACACGCUGGCAGUCAUAUGGCAAGCAACGGAUGACCAGCGCGCGCUCGUUUGGUCUCUGCGCGACGGGGUGCUUCCCUUGGUACUGUCGCUAUAUCACCGUGACCAGCCGAGUGACAGAGUCAGGAAUGCACUGGGGUGCAUAGCCAUCCUCUCUGCCUUCGCCGAGGUCCAACGCGCGCUCCCGCUGGACAUGUCGUUCGUCGACGAGUUCCCGCAGGGAGCCGGCGCAUACGCUCAGCGCCUCGCCGAUAUAGCCCGCCCAAUCUACCGGAAUGUGUGCGCCUAUGAUCAGUGCCCUUGCAGCGACGAUAACCCGGGCAAGAAACUCCGCCGCUGCCCGUGCUUGUCUGCGCGAUACUGCUCGCGGGUAUGCCAAUCGAAUGAUUGGCAUACACACCGGGCUCUACAUCGUCGCGCGCGGAUCGCGGGAGUGCGAGGAAAUCUAUCCCCGCGUAGCGCACACUUUUUGGAGGCGUGCGGUGAAGACUACCUACGUCAGAAUUUCGAGUCCAUUCUCGACGAAGUAGUGCGCGAUCUGCACGAUAGUCGUGCCGCCCCGCCAUACGUCGCGUGUGUAGAGAUACACAUCGAUGGGCGCACCAAGGCCGGCUGGCAUGAUGUUUCCAUAGCCAUCGCCGACAGUGAUGACAAAGAUUCGAAUGCAGCACCGAAGGAAGAGUUCAAAGGCGAAGGGGAGGUUCUCAUAUGGGCAGAGCUCCGCCGAAUAGACGAGUUCGCAGGCGCGGUUCCGAUACGAUACAUGAAGUUGGAGAAGCUCGAACAGGAGGCUGGCGGGACGAAUUGCGUAGGAAAAGUUGCCCCGACGGCCCAGACGUAG